UUGGAUUUUUUGAUUUGGGAAUGAAUUUGUUUUUGUGUUGAUGAAAAUUUGGUUGUUUCUUUUGUUUUGUUAAUUCUAAUUAAUUGAUUGGUGAUCAGUAAAUUAUUGUCAAUUAAAAUGGCUGAAUAUUUGGCCUCAAUUUUUGGAACAGAAAAAGACAAAGUCAAUUGUAGCUUCUUUUUUAAAAUCGGUGCUUGUCGACAUGGGAAUCGCUGUUCUCGUAUCCAUAAUAAGCCAACAUUCAGUCAAACAAUUUUACUACAAAAUUUGUAUCAAAAUCCUAGAAAUGCUGCUCAUUCCUUGGAAGGUAAUUCUACUGGAAAGCCCACCAUGACUGAAGAGGAAGAUCAGAAACAUUUUGAUGACUUUUUUGAAGAUGUUUUUGUUGAAUUGGAAGAUAAAUAUGGUGAGAUUGAAGAAAUGAAUAUCUGUGACAAUCUAGGUGAUCAUUUAGUUGGAAAUGUAUAUGUUAAGUUUCGACGAGAAGAAGAUGCUGAUAAAGCUGUCAGAGAUUUAAAUAAUCGCUGGUUUGCUGGACGACCAAUUUAUGCCGAAUUGUCUCCAGUCACUGAUUUUCGAGAAGCAUGUUGUCGGCAAUAUGAAAUGGGUGAAUGUACUCGUAGUGGCUUUUGUAAUUUUAUGCAUUUGAAGCCAAUUUCUCGUGAUCUUAGACGCCAAUUAUUUGGUAGAAGACGAGGAACCGCAAGAAGUUACAGAUCACGAUCAAGAUCAGGUAGCCGUGAGCGAGGAAGAGGAGGUCGAGAUCGAGGAAGAUCUAGAAGCCGAGAUAGUGGUUCCAGAAAACGUGAACGUAAAUCAUCACACAGUCGUGAAAGAAUUAGAUCUCGAAGUCGCGAUCGUAAUAAGUCCAAAGAAAGAGAGAGAAGAUCAAGAAGCCGUAACCGAUCUAAAAGUCGAGAACGUCGUGAAAGAAGCCGUGAUAGAGAUCGAAAACAUCGUUAAUUUAUCCAACUAAUUGCACAGGUUCUCGAGCCAUAAUCACGCCAAUCACGAUUGAAAACAAAAACCACCAAACCACCAACACGCCAACAAAAAUUCAUUGUCACCAAAAUUCAAUUAGGCACCAAAGCGAAACCAUCAAUAAAUCAAUUCUCAUCCAAUCCUAGCAUCCAUCAUAUUUUAUUAAAUCUAAAUCUUUUUUUGUGAUCAACUUUUUGCUCUACUAAAAACAAAAAUCAUUACCAAUCAAUGGAAAAACAAAACAAAAUAAACUUGACAUCAUCAGAUGUAAUUAAUAAAUUGUA